AUGGGUAGUGCUAACAAGGAAGAUUCCUUCAAGCUGCUCGACACCUAUUUCCAGAAAGGCGGAAACUUCAUCGAUACGGCGAGCAACUACCAAAAUGAAUUGUCAGAGAAAUAUGUUGGCGAGUGGAUGAAAACCCGCAAGAAUCGGGACCAUAUCAUCCUUGCCACAAAAUACACGAUGCCCUAUAAACUCUAUGAAACGGGCCCAGGCACUGGCAUCAACUACUCUGGCAACUCUCGCCGCAAUUUGUACACGAGCGUGAGAGACUCUCUCCACAAGCUCCAGACGGAAUGGCUCGACAUCCUUUACUUGCACAUGUGGGACUGGUCUGCUUCGAUCCCCGAGGUAAUGGACUCUCUGCACAACCUGGUCGAGCAGGGCAAGGUUCUGUACCUGGGGAUUUCUGACACUCCAGCGUGGUUGGUGGCUGCAGCCAACGACUAUGCUUUGUUCCACGGCAAGACGCCCUUUUCCAUCUACCAGGGCAAAUGGAGUAUCGUCGACCGCGAUUUCGAGCGCGACAUCAUCCCGAUGGCCCGUCAUUACGGCAUGGCCUUGGCUCCAUGGGGGGUCCUCGGUGGAGGAAGGCUGCAAUCGAAGAAAUCAAUCGAGGCGCGGAAGGAAACCGGCGAGGGCAUUCGAAGCCAUCAGGGGACAGAACAGACCCCGCAAGAGGCCGCUGUCAGCGCGGCACUCGAACAGGUCGCCAAACAACUGGGGAAUGUCCCGGUUCCCGUUGUCGCGCUGGCCUAUAUCUUGCACAAGGCAGUGGAUAUCAAUGUGUUCCCCAUCAUCGGGGGUCGACGAGUCGAGCAAUUGGAAGAAAAUCUGCAAGCAUUGGACAUCCGGUUGACUCAAAAGCAAGUCGACGCCCUGGAAGGUGUGGUGCCGUUCAACCUCGGCUUCCCAAACAACUUCAUCAAGGAGAAUUCGCAGGUGACAGGCAAGACAUUGCCGUUCAUUGAUCCUGCCGGGCCAAUUGUCUGGGCAAGCCGCCCUGCCCCAAAACCAUAG